AGCCCCAACUGCUCCGGUUUCUGCUCCGAGGGUCUCUUCAACGCGCUGCACGGGCCGCGCCGAUCGUUUCCCUACCGGCGGUGAGCCCUUCCCUCGGCUCCGGAACUUGUGCCUCCGAUUUCUGGUGGAUCCUCGGCAGUGGCUCCACCCCUGGUUGGUUCGCGCCGUCGGAGGCUUUAUGUGCAUGGUCGGCGUGGCAUGGCUAAUCCGCCAGAUGGCGUAGUGCUUGGACCGUCGAGGGUCAAUAUUGAUCCAGCUCCGUAUUGCGGAUUGGACUAUGCCUAUUUGAACCGUACUGCUUGUGAGGUUACAAUGGACGACCCUGUAUGCACGCCAGAGGAAGACAGCUUAAAUUAUCAGUGCAAUUUGUGUGACACAGAGCUUGUACAUAGCAUGACACAGCUCUUACUUCAUGGAUUGGCCACAGGUUCAGUGGACAGCUCCACUGGUGAUAUAUUUAAGAGCCCAGCAUCUGUAGCUGUUGGCAUGAGAGCCGAGCUAGCAGGGUACCUGAUUCAGAGAUCUGAAACACUUGUUCGUGAAUCUAUCAAUGGGGGCGAGGAUCAUUCCGAUCAAUUAAUAAAAGCAUCCACCAGGCCGACGGAGUUCAUGUCAGACUUGAUAGAUGAUUUUGUGGCCUCAAAAAGGAAUAUCCUUAGCCAUGUCUCUGGGUUUUUGUCUAGUGAAAGCCGCCUGAACAAAAUUAAAGAAUUCUUGCAAAAGUUGGAGACGGAGAACUUCUGGGCCCAGGAUGAACGGAAGGCGACUGGAGAGACUAUUCUGAAGAGCAUAGACACGAAAUGCAUUUUCCAUUGCCCUGAGAGAUUUGACAUGCCAGAUAAGCUAUCUGAGCACUUAAGCCAGUGUAAAUUUAGGAUGGUGAACUGCGUAAAUGAUGGAUGUGCAGUUUCAUGUUCUGCUAUUCAUAUGGAAGAGCAUGGCACUGUCUGCCCAUUCAAACUAAUACCAUGUGAGCAGCUGUGUGAGCAACAUGUUAUGCGAUGCGAGAUGGACAAACAUUGUGCAACAGUCUGCCCUAUGAAGCUUAUUAACUGCCCUUUUUACGAAGUGGGCUGCGAAACAGCCUUUUCACAAUGUUGUCUCGAUAAGCAUUGUUCGGGUUUUCUACAAAUCCAUCUGAUGUAUAUCCUCAAGGUGAUUACAAGACGGAACACUUUUGUUAAUGAUAUGGAUCAGCGACUGCAACUCCUUGAGAAGGUCCAGUCACUGAACGAACUAGCUGGGGCUUUAGAUGUCAGGGCCCUCACUCUGAUAACAAAGGAACAGGAAUCAAAGAUCAAGAAACUAGAACAAGAUCUCAAAGCACAAGAGGCAAAGAUGAAGAAACUUGAGAGCGAUUUUAGGUCAAGGAAAUGAUUGUUGUCAUGGUUGCAGCUUUGCUGGAAACCAGGAGAAAUUUGUCUUCUUCUCGACACUUUAGGCCAGAAGCAUUUUGUAUGCGAGGAUGGAACACUCUAGGUCGUUUCAAGUUUCAACUGCCACUUUUCAUGUGGAGAUGUCGACAUAGUACCAUUGCUGGCUUCACUUGGUUGGUGGAGUAGCUUUCAAGCACAGGCAGCCUUGUCUGUGUGCAUGGAACAAUGCAGGUGGUUUUCUACUGCAGUUUUUCAUGCUGAAGAUGUCAGCACGAUAUCAUCACAAGAUGGACCGUUUGGCUCAGCUGCGAGGGCAUAAUCACAUGCAGCCUGCAAAAUCUUGCAAACUUCUCUCCUGUACUGCAGCAGAAGGUCCAGGUCAUGUUAAGAAGAAACCAUCAAAUACUGCCUUUUGAGAUAUCAAAGUACAAUUCCUGGUUACCUAUGUGGUUUUACGGUUUACAUAAUUGAUAGUUGUGUGGUGCAAAUCAACUUGGAAUCAUUUUUAUCAUCUUCUUCAUAUUCCUAAUUUAGUAAUUUUCAAACAGUGAUGACUGACAACUGUAGAGCUUGGCUGAAGCCUCAACAUUCUGCUCUUGCAUUGACUGUUAUCAGAUUGAUCCCUUAUACGCUGAAUUAAGAUGAAAUAACUUCUGAAGGCUGCAAA